AUGUCUGCGGAAACCGUGAAAACGCGGCUCAGGCCGUUCGGCAUCUCGUUUGAGAAGUCGCUGACCGACCUCAUCAAGGGCAUCCGCUCAAAUAACCACGACCCAGACAAAUUGGCCGACUUCUUUGAGCGAUCUAUCCAGGAGUGUCGCCACGAGCUGAAAACAAACGAUCUGGAAUUGAAGUCGAUGGCGCUUCUAAAACUCACCUAUUUGGAGAUGUAUGGGUUUGACAUGAGCUGGUGCUCGUUCUACGUGCUGGAGGUGAUCUCGUCGCCCAAGUUCCAGCACAAACGGAUCGGAUACCUGGCGGCGAUGCAGUUAUUCCAACGACAGAACAACGACGACGUUUUGAUGCUCAUGACGAACCUGCUGAAAAAGGACGUCAAUUCGGGCAACUCUGUCGAGACCGGGCUCGCCAUCAGCGGGAUCGCCUCGAUCGUCACCCCGGAACUGGCCCAGGACAUCUGCGAGGACAUGGUUCGUAUGCUGUCGCACUCGAAACCGUUUGUGCGGAAAAAGGCCGUGCUGGCACUGUACAAGGUGUUCAUCAAGUAUCCGGACGCGCUGCGACUGCAUUUCGACAAGGUGGUGAAACGGCUCGAGGACGAAGACGGGUCUGUUGUUUCUGCCACGGUCAAUGUUAUCUGCGAGCUGGCGCACAAUAACCCCAAGAGUUAUGUCGACCUUGCUCCGCAGCUGUUUGGUCUGCUCAAAGAAACAAGCAACAACUGGAUGGUGAUCCGGCUGUUGAAGCUGCUCUCGUCGCUGUGUCUGACCGAGCCUCGGCUGCGGUACAUUCUGUUGCCCGAGGUUGUCGAUCUCAUGAACAGCACACAGGCGUUGUCGCUCGUUUACGAGUCCAUCAAUUGCAUCCAUAACGGCCAGAUGUUGGCCCCAGAAGACACACGUGUGGCCAAGCUGAUCAUCAACAAGCUGCUAGGCUUCAUCAAGAACGACGACCAGGACCUCAAGUACGUGGGACUGUUGGCUUUCAUAAAAACGUGCAAGAUCCACAAGGACCUGAUCAAGAAGCACGAAAACGUCAUUAUGGACUCGAUGUUCGACCCAGACCCAACGAUCCGCGAAAAGGCGCUCGAGCUGAUCGACUCGCUCGUCACAGACAGAAACAUCGUCCCUAUAGUGACGCGGCUGCUGGUCCAGCUGAUCCCGGAGGAGGACCAGCUAGCACGUCUGGACGGACUCAACGAAACAGAGAUCCACUACCAAAAACCGCUCGCCGUCACCGACAAGUACAAGAUGCUGGUGAUCACCAAGAUCAUCCAGGUUUGUGCUGCCGAGAACUACGAACACGUGCCCAACUUCCAGUGGUAUCUGGGUGUUUUGAACGAUAUCCUCAACAUCAACACAGAAAACCGGCUUGCGGGCGUGGAGGAGCUCGUUAGCAGCCAGUUCAUGUACGUGGGACUCAAGGUGCCCAGUAUUCGCAGUCGAUUGGUGCAAAAGUGUCUGGAUCUUGUCCUGGACAACACGCGGCUGCUGGGCCUGAAAGGCGGGCUGCAGAACUUCAUCUGGCUCGUUGGCGAGUACUACACAGAAUACAUCUCUACACUGGACGAGAGCGACGACGACGACAGCGACAACGAGGAAGCUACCAAAAUCACCGGCGCGCAGAUCAUCCAGCGCGUUGCAAGUCAGGACGAGUUAUUCAAGUUUACAGAGUUGAACGACCCAACCAUGGGCAUAUACAUCCAGGCCAUGGCGAAACUGUUUGGCAAGUACUGUUUGUCAUUGGGACGUUCGUGGGACAGGGACGACCGCGACCAUGUGGCUGAGGUGUGCGAGACGUUGAUCUCGUGGCUGGCCAAGUUUUCGCGCAGCGCCAACUUUGAAGUGCAGGAACGGAGCAUCUCGUUCACAGAGCUGCUGAAACUUGCACUGGACUCGAUCAAGGAGGAGGACGAAGGGGCUCCGAAUUUCGUGGUUUCUGGUUAUAGCCAGUUAUUCGAGCAGCACCCAAUCAAGCCUGUCGGCACGUACACGCAGCAGCGGAUCCCCAUUGGAAUCGACCUGGAUUCGGCCAUUGACCAGGACUCGAUGAGCGCGUUCCAAGGCAUUCUGGCCGGAAUCAAGGAAAAGGAGCUGCAACAGAGCCAGGUGGAUGAGUAUGAGGAGGAGCUUGUUUCGGAGAUCAAUCAAUCGUCCGAGGACGAAGAAGAGACCCGCAGGGAGAAGCCCGACCGCCUGAACGAUCCGUUCUAUAUCUCCAUGGACACCAGCACUGCGGACGAGGUGUCUAUUGCCGCUUCGGAGCCUGUGGUGGAGAAGAAGCGCAAGAAGCCAAGCAAGAAGAAGAUCCGCAAGGAGAAGGUGCUGAUUCUGGGUGAUGACGACGCGGCCGCAGACUCGGGCGCAGAGCCUGUUGCCAAGCCGACGAAGAAGAAGGACAAGAACCUGCUGGUGAUCGACUCGUCCACGUUGGACGGGUUCGACUUCACGAAAACGCCGGAGGAGCCCGACCGCAGUGACGAGGUGGAGCAGAUGCGGCAGGAGUUCGAGAAACUCGAGCAAAAACACGAGCCUGUCGUGGUGAAGAAGCCCAAGAAGCCCAAGAAGAAGCUGGUGGUUAUCGAGUAG